AGGUUUUAGGGAGACCGCUUUGUGCUGUAGAGUGUGUUGUGCCAAGAUUCGGCGUUGUUUUUGUUGAUUUUACUGCAAUCAAUGUCUACAUACUUUCUUUAAUUAUUUACACAUUACAAAUUAACAAUGCCUAAAUAUUAUUGUGAUUACUGCGACACCUAUUUGACACAUGACUCUCCCUCAGUCAGAAAGACCCAUUGUAAUGGUCGUAAACACAAGGAGAAUGUGAGACUUUACUAUCAGAAAUGGUUGGAAGAACAAGUCCAGAAACUGGUCGAUGAUACUACUGCUGCGUACCAAGCUGGAAAAAUCAGUGCCAAUCCCUUUACAGGGCCGGGUAUGCAGGGACCUGGAGGUGUUAUGAUUCCACCACCUGGAGGGCCAAAUAUGCCUAAACCAAUGAUGGGAGGACCUGGUAUGCCAGGGCAAAUGGGUCCUAUGAGAGGACCAAUGGGGCCAGGUGGUCCUAUGAUGCCAAUGAUGGGCCCAGGACCAAUGGGUCCUAUGAUGCCAGGCAUGAGGCCAAUGGGACCGCCUAUGGGAGGACCUCCAAUGGGAAUGAUGCCAAUGGGUCCAAUGCGACCAAUGAUAAGAAAAUAAUCUCUGGCACCUCUCAUUUGUACAUAGUCAUAUUACUUUUGUUUUUAAGUCAUACUUGUGAAUGAAUGUUGUAUGGGUGUAUCAACCUUUGUUGAAUAAAAUUUGUUUUUGUACUGAAAAA